AUGCCUGUAUUCACUGAAUAUUCCUCCUCAUCCCGGGACUUAAGAGUCCUACCAUCAUUUGCACCACGACUACCCCGACUAGCACCCCCAUUCGAGCGCAAUGAUAUAAACGAAGACAAAUACGAAGCAGUCGUGGUCGGCGCCGGACCAGCAGGCCUCAUGCUAAGUCUCCUCCUCUCUCGCUAUGGUCUCAGCGAUACAUCCCUCCUCUGUAUAGACGCAAAACCCAGCACCCUGAAAUCCGGACAAGCAGACGGCAUACAACCCCGCACACUGGAGGUCUUCAAAUCACUUGGGAUCUCAACCGAGAUCGAGAACGAAGCGUGUCAGAUGUGGCAAUUCGCAUUCUGGAACCCCUCAUCGGACCCAAACAAGGUGAUUGAGCGCACUUCCAUCGUUCCGGAUGUUAUUGCUCCAGCGCGGUUCCCUUACGAGGCUACCAUCCACCAGGGCCGUAUCGAGCGUAUCAUGGAAACUGAUUUGCUGCGGUACUCCGAGCGUGGGAUUGUGCGGAACACGAAAGUUGAUGAUGUCAAGAUUGAUGAAGAGGGGGAUGCGGAGUUCCCUGUGCUUGUGACUAUGGCUACGGAUGGUGUUGAGAAGACUGUGCGUACGAAACAUCUUGUUGGUGCGGAUGGGGCGCAUUCGGUUGUUCGGCAGUGUAUGGGGUUGCGGCUGGAAGGAGAAUCUUUGGAUCAUAUUUGGGGCGUUGUUGAUAUGGUUGCUGAGACGGAUUUCCCGGAUAUUCGUCGUCGUUGCGGUAUUCAUUCUCCUGCUGGUUCUGUGAUGAUUAUUCCCAGAGAGAGGAUCUCCACAGGUGAAUACCUCACUCGGUUAUAUGUUCAGGUUCCGGAGGAUGUGGCUCCCGAGAGUGAUCAAAUGCCGAAUGGAGUAGAGGGUGUUAAAGCUGAGGAUGCUCGGCAGCGAAGAAGUAAGAUUACCCUCGAGGGCAUUCUGAAACAAGCUGCCGAUGCGAUCAAGCCGUACUCUCUUCGGCCCAAGGAGGAUGCCGUUGACUGGUGGGCUGCGUAUCAAAUUGGCCAGCGUGUGUCGCCUGAGUUUAUUGUGAAUGACGCAAAGGGCGUUGCAAGGGUUUUCAUCGCUGGAGAUGCCUGUCAUACACAUAGUCCGAAAGCUGGCCAAGGCAUGAACGUCUCAAUGAUGGACUCUUACAACCUGGCCUGGAAACUCAUGUAUCACAUUAAUGGGCUGGCACCAGAACCCACAAGCACCGACAACCCAGCCCCAUUACUCGGGACAUACCAGACAGAACGCCAUGAAAUAGCCCAACAGCUUAUCGAGUUCGACCGGAAAUUCUCUUCCAUGUUCUCCGGACAAAUGGGCGCAACUGAAGGACUGACACAAGAAGAGUUCCAACAAGUCUUCAAGCUCGGCAAUGGGUUUACCAGUGGCUGUGGCGUGGAGUACCCGGAGAACAUGCUAGUUAUCCGAGAUGAGCUAGACGAUGAUGUCAAGAGCAAGAGUCCAAACCCCGUCACAGGAACGGACUACAUAUCCGGAAUUCUGAGACCAGGUCGGAGAUUGCUCAAUGUGCGAUUGCUGCGGUAUGCUGAUGGGUGGCAGCGAGAUAUCCAUGACGAUAUCCCCUCCACUGGCCGAUUCCGCAUCUUGUGUCUCACGUCGACCGAUCUUCUCGAUCGAAGCAGUGUCUCUGCGCAGACACUGGAAGCGGUCACUCUGCUAGAAGCGCAGUUUCCCAAGUCGAUUAUUGAGCAGAUCGUACUGCAUCCCCAAUUGCAUCGGUCCUUUGAAUGGAAUGACGUGCCGACGUGCGUGAAGCGGCAGGCUGAGAUGCGCUUUUAUGAUGGGUCGGCUUUAGAUGAUGCAUAUGGUAUCUAUGGUGUAGACCCGGCACGGGGUGCAUUGGUGGUGGUCAGACCCGAUGGGUAUGUUGGCGUUGUUUCUUGUCUUGGUGAUGUGCAAAAGGUGGAUAGGUAUCUGAGACAGUGUAUUCGGACUGUCGCUAGUAAUUAG